ACUUAUGAUGCUUCUGUAUCAAUCUAUAAUUCUAUUACAUCUCUCUCUUAAAUCUACCUCACCUCUUUUACGAUUUUAUUACUCACUUCAUUACAAAAUAUGGAUCAACCCGAGACUUCUAAUCAUCAGAAGGAUUACUCUUCCCGGAAAUAUUCUAGGUCACCUUCAACAGAUUCGGAAGAAGAGAGAAGGCGGAGGAGGCGCAGGAGAGAGCGAGAGGCUGACCGUGGAUCAAUUCGUUCCGACCGGCGUGAUGAUCGUCCUAGAGGCACAAGAGAUAGAUACGAAGAUAAGGAAAGAAAUCGCAGGAGAUCGCGCAGUCCAAUUGAUUCAGAUUCUCGUCGACAGAAGGAUAAUCGACAUUCACAUCGCAGAAGAGGAGAUAGAUCGCGAGAUCGAAGACGGAUUAAGGAUGACGAUAAUGCCAAUUCGGUCGAACGAGCGACAAAAUCCGCCGUGAGUCGAAGGCAAAAUGGUCCGCUGCCAUCUCAGGCUGCAUCAUUUCAAUCGAAGAGAGAUUCACCAUCAAUGGCUCUUGUCCCUGCCGGGGACGAACCGGUAAAAGAGAAAGAGAGACCCAAUUUGGGACAAACGGGCGUCUUAGCAGCAGCCUCAAAUACAAUUACACAAGCAGAUGGAAACGCUAUAGUGCUAAAGUAUCACGAACCACCAGAAGCAUGCAAACCACCCGCUAGAGACGACUGGAAGCUUUUUGUGUUCAAGGGUGCCGACAUUAUUGAAACGAUUGAUUUGAGCACGAGAAGUUCCUGGCUUAUCGGUCGCGAGCUUGCAGUGGUCGAUCUAACCGCGGAGCAUCCAAGUAUCAGCAAACAGCAUGCUGUCAUCCAAUUCAAAGCGACGGAAAAGAUGAACGAAUUUGGAGAUAAAGUUCGAAAAGUAAAACCAUACUUGAUUGACCUGGACUCCGCGAAUGGCACCAUGAUGAAUAAAGAUCCGGUGGACAAGAGUCGAUAUGUUGAGUUAAUGGAUAAGGACAUGAUACAGUUUGGUCACAGUACAAGAGAAUAUGUGCUAAUGUUGGCACCGAGGACUUAGUUCGAAGAAUAUAGCAGGAAGGUGUUUAUCAUUAUAAUAGCAUACUUUCGGAAGCUCAUGCUAAUUUUUGCUAUGGUAUACGAAUUGUACGACGUCAGGGAGGCAGGAGUCAGCUGCAGUCCAUCACAGGCGUUUCAAACGAAAGCGGAUCCUGAAGAUCGCAAUAGAAAAAAGGAAAUGCAUGUGUCAAGGACUCAAAUCUCUCCCAACACAAAUUAGUCUCACUGUCUCACUGUCUCACUGUCUCACUGUCUCACUUAUUCGCCGUCAGUAUGAACUUUUCAAGGUCAAGCUCAGCGGGGUAUUUCGCCGAGAAUCAAAAAUAGAGUUCAAAAGCUUCGAUUUUUUAGGGCAAUCAAGAAAUGCCGGUGCUAACACUUACCGAAAGUUUGAGCCUCAUACUCCGUACCAUGGACACUUUUGACGCAUAGCAUAGGGCAGAGUGGGAUGGCGAAUCCCUAUGACUCGACCCGGAUCACACGCUCUGGGGCCUACAGGAGUAAUUCUAUCCGCCUCCUUCAUGACGCAAGUAAACUUCCGUGGUUUAGUUCUCUCAUGCAUUGACCCUAUUUCUAUCCUUUCGAAGAAGAUUUACCUGAUACUCUUCGCAUGGGCCUUGAUGGGUUUCGAGGCUCAAAAUCAUGUGGUGGAUUUCGUAUAUUUUUUCACGAUAUUUUAGGAAUUCCAGAAGAGACCUACCUACCCACGCUUACUCAGCUUACUAUAUAUAACUAAUGUCCAACAAAAGUGGUAAUUUGACUCUCUAUGACGGUA